AAGGCUCUUCAAUUGAAGACUGAAAAAUAGGAACGAAGUUUACAUUGUGUGUUAUUUAAAUAUUUUAAGCAUGUAUUUCAAGUGGAUAACAAGCAAAAGUUGCAUCAUGUAUGUGUACUCUUGUGGCAACAGAAGAGGCGUAUGCUGAUUGGCUCUGAUUGCGGGAUUAUCAAGCAAGCUGGCCUGCUGGACACUGGAGGAUAUUGGAGGGUCGUUGAAGCAUGACAUGACACUCUUAACACAGUCAUGGGUUGCACUGAAAGCACAUUACUGGUUGAGAUGUUAACUGAAACUGUAAGACAUAAAUAGCCAAAGAGGGAUUGAGAAAAAAGGCUCAUAAAACUUCAUAGGUAAUAAAUGGUGUAGCCAAUGUGUAGACUUUCACAAAAUCUCCGAGUAUAGUUUUCCCAGUCUUGUGAUCGUUGUGGAUCUGUUCCCUCAUGGAUUAUUAAUGAAAGCUCGUGACUGUUAAUCAGGAUUAAAAGACAAGAUGCUGGUGACUUUUGUAUAGGAUAUAGUGGAUUGAAGUCUACUCUACUGUCUCAGCACUGGAAUACCCACGGAGGGCGCUUCCACCAUGAUUGCAAUACUUGAAUAGUGCCUCAACUCCAGUGAAUCAUGGCCAUAGAACAAGAAUGGUGGCAGAACAAACUGGCCGAGGACAUCUACGCCACUCUCAAACUGAGGGAACAGACAGUGCCCGCGCUGCAGGGAAACUCGACGCAGCUGUGGAUGCGGCGCCACCUGGUGGAUUGGCUGUCGGAGAUCGUGAGGGAGCUGGGGGUGUGCGCCACUGCCCAGCACCUGGCUGUGCACCUUCUUGACCACUUCAUGGAUGGACUGGAGGUGGAGAUGGCCUACCUGCACCUGGCGGCCCUCACCUGCCUCCUCCUUGCAGUGAAGUUUGAGGACCACUGUGAUCGCAUCCCCCACAUCAGCAGGCUGAACUCCUAUGUGCACGUAAACCAGUACAAUGGGGGUCAGCCCUACACGGCCCGGCAGUUUCUACAGAUGGAGCUCAACAUUCUCAAGUUUGCAAACUUCGAGCUCUGUGUCCCCACUGUGCCACACUUCCUGCCAUACUUCCUUAAGGUAGCUGUGGAUGAGGAUGACCUGGUGGAUGGGGCUCCCAUCUCCAGCAAGGGCCAGGUGGAGACCUACCUACACAAACAUGCAGCAUACUUCCAGGAGAUUGUCUUACAAGAUCACAUGUACAGUGAGUACUCCCCGUCCCUAGUGGCCGCAUCCUGCGUGGCAGCCGCUCGAAUCUGUCUUCACCUCACCCCUACCUGGCCCAAACAGCUGGAGCUCAUGACUGACUUCUACCUGGAACAACUUCUGCCCUGUAUCAAGAACAUGCUAGGGACACACCAGCGUGAUUCCAACAGCCUGACCAGCAGUUCCCUAGGUUACCUCCCCUCCUUCAUGGCUGAAGCCCAGAGUUACCACCCUUGCUACAUGGUCACUCCCAGGGUACAGCCUGCUGUCCAGUCCCAGCAACAAGAAGGCCUUGUGGUCAACAGUGUCCAGUCAGAGGCCCACAUUGUCCGAGCGGUCAGCAAAGGGGUGAGCAGUGGUCAGCGAUACCAGCCCUACCUGAAGACUGCUGGGCGGGGUCAAGUUGGGAGAGGGGGCACUGAACUUGCCCAUCGCCCCACAGCCUGUGUUAGACGAACGGCUGCUGCUUACAGUGGUGUCCACCCACUGCUGUGUCUGCAGCCUGUAGUGUCAGACAUGUAUGCCAGUGCUAGUGCUGUUGCUACCUAUGGUGCUGCUGUGGACAUUGGUGCUGUUGUGAACCCUGGGACCAUGCUAGCCUACACCAGUGGGAUGGGGGUGCCUCAGCUCUGCCCUCGGAUUCGGGGAUCAUAGGGGGUAAAAACUGGCAAGAACAUUGGGACCACAAAACUGGGGCUAUUAUGCACUUAGAUCUUCGUUUUGGGAAAACUGGGGGUAAAACUUGACAGUCUGCACCGGCUAAUCCGCGAUGAUGCUUUCUGUCUAAACUGGAUUUUUUAUACAAAUAGUUUGUUUUCCAAAAGAACCAUGAAACUGGAAAAGGGCUGUCCCUGAUAAGCUUGUGCAGACUGACUUUGGAUCACUUAAAUCUGCCCAAUCACAAUAUCCUUGCAGGGAAUUUUUUGAGCAUACCGAAAGCUUAAUUAGAUCUUUCAUGAUUUACCAAAGUUCGGCAUGUAUAAACUAGGGUCUAUGGAAAAUUGAAUGCAGAUGGCAGGUGUUAUGCUUCUCCAAAAGGAUACGUAGGGACUCAGGUGUUGUGACUAUAUACCUGGUUGGUUGUAAAUAUUCGAAUCCUGUGUAAACCAAUAGGUUGUGCUGUCAUUUGGACUCUUGGAGGCCAUAUGUGAGGCAUAUUUAACGCUUGGGGGACAAACAAAUAGAAUGAGGACAGGAUCAGUGUUCUUCUGUAAGUGAAUUAGUGGUACUAGAUAUACAAUUCUAGAGCUGGGUUGCUUUUUGUGGUUUCUGUUCAACUUGAUAGGUUUUACAGUUUUAUACAGCUUAUACUUUUUACUGUUGUUAAAUAUGUUCAUAGUGAUGCUUAGUCUUUUAAAUUGGUGCAGAUGUUGUACAUACUUGGGUCUUCUGUUGAUAUUUAUUCACAAAAAAAUACAUUAUGCUAGUCUUUCAACCCUGUGAAUAUGAAAUUGCAAUAUUUACACAUUUUAUGUGAAAGUUUCAUACAGAUCUCAAUGUCUUUGUUCCAUGUGUAGCGAUAUUAUGUAUUUUACUGAUAUUUGAGUUGCUUUUUUUGUAUGAUUGAAUCAACGUGUCGUGGUUGGCUGUGACAUCCCAAAAUGUUCAGUUGCAUUUCUUUUUUGCAAAGCUGUUGUGUGAUGUAUGCUCAUUUUUUACUGUCCAUAUGAGAUGCUUCAUGUGAAAACGGGUCUUAUGGCGUAUGCGUCCAGGGUAGCUCCAGUCCAGCCUGCGCAAUGGCACAGUCUGGUCAGGAGGUAUCAUGUCCACUGAUGAGAUCCCUCAAUCUUUAGUUAUUUAUAGCCCACAUAGUAGCUCCAGAUUAGACUGCUUGAGAUCACUCAACUUCUAGUUGUGUUUAGCCCACAUAGUAGCUCCAGAUGAGACUGCUUGCAUGGGCACACUGGUCUGGAUCUACUUUGGAUGCAUAUGUUUUUAGACCCAUUUUCACAGGACGCGAAUCAUGCUGUCCAUAUGAUGACCGCAUAUUAAGUUGAAACUGCUGUUUCAGUUUAACAUUUAGAUGUGUAUGUUCUAUAUUCCUUAAAGACUAAAUACAUUGACUUUUUAUGCCCCCCCUUCAAAGAAGAGGGGGUAUAUAUUUUUUGGCCUGCCUGUCUGACAUUGUAUGUGUGUGUCUGUCUGUCCCUAAACUUUAACCUUGGUCAUAACUUUUACAAUGUUGAAGAUAGCAACUUAGUAUUUGGCUUGGAUGUGUAUCUCAUGGAGCUGCACAUUUUGAGUGAUGAAAGAACAAGGUCAUCCUUCAAGGUCAAAGGUCAAAUAUAUGGGGGGGGGCAUAGUGUUUCACAAACACAUCACUUGUUUUUUAUUGUUACUAUGAAUGUUAUAGGGAAAGUUGUCUGUCAAUGUAAGGUGCCAAUCAGAUUCUGUUUAGUUAUCCCCUGUCAUAGGCGGAGGGAUAUUGUUUUGGCGUUGUCCGUCCGUCCGUCUUUCUGUCCGUCCGGAGCCAAAUCUUGGAAGUGCUUUGGCAGAUUUCAUUGAAACUUGGUAUGAGUAUAUAUAUGGAUAAGAGGAUGAUGCACGCCAAAUGGCAUUGUACACCAUCUGUUAAUAACGGAGUUAUGGCCCUUUGUAUCUUGAAAAAUUGCUUUUUUGAGUGUCAAAUAUAACACUUUUGUGUCCAGAAGCAUUUUGGCGGGGGAUAUCAAUUCAACGUGUAUCAUAAUUAUAAUGAGUCAAAUGCUGUUACUUGUUGUUUACAUGUAUUGUUGCCUUUCAACGUUUUAGUCCAUCUAUCACUUUACCAAAAUAAGCACGCGUAUCAUAAUUAUAAUGAGUCAAGUGCUGUUACUUGUUGUUUCUAUAUAUCUUGUUGUUCAAUGUUAAACUUGCACAUGUUUGUUGAGAUUAAAUAUGCAUGGUCCUUCAACCAAUCAAGUGUUUUACAGGGACUAUAUGAGCAAUACAAGCUAGCCAUUUUAUAAAUUCUUUCAGCAUUGUUGCUCUCAACUUAAUAUAAGUCUCGAAGGCAAGAUACCUGUAGUUCAGUUGGUCUGUAAAAUCCAUAUAAGCCUCACUGUGGGAAAAUGGUAUUUAUUGCAUGCCCGUAAAGUAUGCACAGGCUUAUCAGGAACAACACAUUCCCAUAAAACUGCAUUUUUGCUAAACAGAGAUGUUCUUAAAACGAAAAAUGCAAGAAAAGUGUCUGACUGCACGGGCUAAAUUGGGACGACACUGCGCACAUGAAUUAAACCCCAUUUUCUCAGACUCUGAGAGGACGACUCAUAUAUAUUAUGUUGCACAUAUUUUAUCAUGUCUUUGUUAUGUACCCGUGUUCUAAUACAGUUUAAACCUAGUCAGAAUAAUUGGUUUGGAUGACUUCCAGCCUAUUGGUUGAUUUUUCAGAGGUCAUAAUUGAAGGCAUGAAGGAUGUAUGAAAUAAGCAAUAAAAAAAGCAAAGUUCUUACUAAAUAAUAAAGUUGUAUCACCUGUGAUAUAACUCAAAAUACCACAUUUUUAUUGUAUUAUCUUUGUGAAAGGGAUUUACAUGAUACGUACUUGGAUUGCAUAUAAGCAGGUUUAUUUUGAGUUAAUUUUUCCAUGUUACUAAUACAAAAGCAAGUGUUACUGUCAUGAUGUUGUUUAUAUUAAAUUUGUACGCCUUGUCAUGAACAUAUUUGUGUGAUGCAUUAACCUGGAAGGUUUGUUAUUAAAAUGUUUUCAUUGGUUUAA